CAUCACCACUCUCCCCCUCUAUUAAGUUUCACGCGUCUCUUCCUCCUGAACUGAACAGCACACGCCAAACAGGGGACUGGACGUAAAACAGACACUGGCUCUCCUGGUCCUUGCCUCCGUCUCCUCCCAUUUUAUAAUUUCCCUGACUUCAUCUGCCACCCACUUCACUGUAGCUUUACUCAUAUCUCUUUCAGUCUAAUUUCAUUGUCUUGCCUACUUAUUUUCACUUGAUCCUUUGUUCACGCUGACUGCUUUUGUUCAAUUUACCCAUCGAUCACAGGAUAGCUGAUAGCUGUGUUUUUAAAAUACAUUGUUUUUAAACCUGCACCUUCUUCACACUUAACCUCUCCCCAUUUCCUCCUUCCAUCUUGUCAUCUAUUAUUUGCUCCACUAAUAUUUAGCCCAAGUGGCCUGUUCUUUCCCCUGGUCUUCCUUGGGCCUGGCCAGUUGGGAUCAGUAUGUGGUCCAACUUCUUCGUACAGCAGGAUGAGGACGGUCGCAUCGGGGUGGCAGGGGCUGGACAAGGUGGGGGUUUAGGUGGAAUUAAAUCUGGAAGGGGACAGAGGAGGACCCACAAGAUGAGUGACAGCAAGGAGGGAAAGAUCAAGCUGGCCUUCUUUGUGGCUAUCAUUGGCGUGACCCUGAUGGUGUUGGGUAUGGGGACAGAGUUUUGGGUGGAGCUGGCCCAAUCAAAGAAUUUCAGCGGCAACCAGACCUGCCAGAUGGCCCAUUAUGGCCUGUGGAAGGGCUGCAUUCGUACCCUAUGGGUGGCUGACAUAGACCCAGAGAGGACGAGCUGUGGCCCUGCUGAACUACCUGGAGAAACCAACUGCACCUACUUCAAAUUCUUCACCUCUGGGGAGAAUGCAGUCAUAUUCAAGAAGACAACUAACAAGAAGCUGAACCUAGCAGCAGCUAUCUUGGCCCUUUUGAGUCUGACUAUGAUGGUAAUGGGCUCCAUCUGUAUCGGCAUGUCUCUCAGCAAAGGAGUGCCCUUCUUUCUCAAGCCAGCCUCCUUCUGUUUCAUCCUAUCAGGUGUACUGGUCCUUCUCUCUAUCCUGAUAUUCCACCAGUCUGUGCUGGCCUUAUUGUCCAGUGACCACUCCAUACCUUUACACCAUGAGCUGUCCUGGUCUGUGGCCUGCGUUGGCUCAGCGGGUGCCAUUCUUAUUUUCGGAGGUUUCCUCUUCAUCAUCCUUUCCCUUCCUUUCAGCCCCUGGCAGAAAUGCUUGCCACACAAGAAUAGCGCCAUCUAGCACUUGAAUAAUAAUAAAAUAUGCACAUACAGUAUCUCACAAAAGUGAGUACACCCCUCACAUUUUAGUAAAUAUU